AUGCCUCCGCCGCUGGGAGAAGCUUCGGAUGAUGAGUCGACGGGAUCGUCGAUUCCCUACAACGAUGCAGAAGAGCAACAGAAUCUAGAGAAGGGCAACGAGGACGAUCAGGGCAGCGUCAAGGAUGAGGAUGAGGACGAAGACGAAGGAGUUUACGUUGUUGAAAAGAUUGUCGGCCAUGAGUUCGCUAAGAAUGGCAAACUUCUGCUUCAGGUCAAGUGGAAGGGAUACGAUGAUCCUGCGGAUAUGACGAUGGAACCAGAAGAGAACCUACUGGAGGGCGCAAAGGAACUUGUUGAAGACUACUACAAAUUGCAGGGAGGCCGGCCAGAGAAGACGAAAGGCCGCAAGCGCAAAUCGAUGGGCGCUGCGAAGCAAAAACCAGACUCAGCCGAACCCAAGAGACGACGAAAGUCCCAGCCCUCCGCUACCGAUACCGCCUCCACAGCUGGAACAGUCGCAUCCCAAGAUGACGUCCCGGACUGGGUCCCCAAGAAGGUCAAGGACUGGGAAAGUUAUGUUGUGGGCGUUGACACCAUAAUUCGCGACCCGGAAACCCAAUCAUUAAUCGCAUACCUACACUGGACGAAUGGCAAGAAAUCGAAGGUUUCUAUCUCCACCUGCUACGACAAAUGUCCGAGGAAGGCAAGUUAUUUAUAUCCGUUCUGA